AUGCCUCGUUUUACUGUACACAUCCGUGAUGAGUGGCUGGCAGUGCCCUGCCGGGACACCACCAACACCAUCCGGUGGCUCGGACACGAAGCUCUUAAACGUUACAUGAAGAACAAACCAGACAACGGCGGCAUCAAGACCGUAAAGGACGCUCAGUUUGUUGUGCGCAGGUGCCAGGGUUUGGGUUUGUUGGACGCAGAUGACACCGUCGAGGAUGUACUGGAGGAUAAUGACUUUGUCGAGCUCGCUAUUGAAGGCGACACCAUGUGUCCUGACUUCAUCCCGUAUGAGCCUGGAGUUUCUCACCUCACAGCAGCAUACAAAGAACCCAAAGAAUAUAUUUCCUUGGAUGGCAAUAGCCUGACAUCGACAGAUCUGGUCAAUUUAGGAAAGGGACGCUACAAGAUAAAGCUGACUCUGGAGGCCGAAAGAAAAGUUGUGCAAUCCAGAGAGCUAAUAGACACCAUUGUCAAAGAAAACAAAGUUGUCUAUGGAAUCACUACAGGUUUUGGCAAAUUUGCCCGAACAGUCAUUCCUGUCAGCAAGCUCAAAGAGCUGCAGGAGAACUUGGUGCGGUCACAUUCAGCAGGUGUUGGAAACCCGCUAAGUCCAGAAAGGACCCGCAUGCUGCUUGCUCUGAGGAUCAACGUUCUGGCCAAAGGGUACAGCGGAAUUUCUCCGGAAACCCUUCAUGCCAUGGUCCAAGCCUUCAACGCUUCCUGCCUCUCCUUCGUCCCAGAGAAGGGAACAGUGGGUGCUAGUGGAGACCUGGCACCUCUUUCUCACCUGGCCCUGGGGCUGAUGGGAGAGGGCAAAAUGUGGUCUCCCAAGAGCGGAUGGGCAGAUGCCAAAUAUGUCCUGGAGGCCCAUGGACUGAAGCCGAUAUCACUAAAGCCUAAAGAGGGUCUUGCUCUGAUCAAUGGGACCCAGAUGAUCACGUCUCUGGGGGCGGAGGCCGUUGAGCGAGCCCUGGCGAUUGCUCGGCAGGCAGACAUCAUUGCUGCUCUGACCCUGGAGGUGCUAAAGGGAACCACCAAUGCCUUUGACAGUGACAUUCAUAAGCUGCGGCCUCACCCCGGACAGAUCGAGGUGGCACAGCGCUUCCGCUCGCUGCUGGACUCUGAUCACCAUCCAUCCGAGAUUGCAGAGAGCCACCGAUUCUGUGACAGAGUCCAGGAUGCCUACACCAUGCGAUGCUGUCCUCAGGUUCAUGGAGUCACCAAUGACACAAUAAAUUUUGUUCAGAACAUCAUCAAUACAGAAAUCAACAGCGCCACUGACAAUCCUAUGGUAUUUGCGGAAAGAGGUGAGACCAUUUCAGGUGGGAAUUUCCAUGGUGAAUACCCAGCUAAGGCUCUGGACUUUUUAGCCAUUGCAGUCCAUGAGCUGGCAUCUAUCAGUGAGAGGAGGAUCGAAAGGUUGUGUAACCCGUCUCUGAGUGAGCUGCCUGCCUUCCUCGUCAAUGAGGGAGGACUCAACUCUGGCUUCAUGAUUGCUCAUUGCACCGCUGCUUCCUUGGUUUCAGAGAAUAAAGUUUUGUGUCAUCCAUCGUCUGUGGACUCCUUGUCCACCAGUGCUGCCACAGAGGAUCACGUGUCCAUGGGAGGCUGGGCUGCUAGGAAGGCCCUGAGGGUCGUGGAGCAUGUGGAGCAAGUUCUUGCUAUAGAGCUGUUGGCAGCCUGUCAGGGUAUUGAGUUCCUCCGCCCACUUCGUACCACCACUCCACUGGAGAAGGUCUAUGAACUUGUGCGCAGUGUGGUCAAACCAUGGAUUAAAGACAGAUUCAUGUCUCCGGACAUUGAAGCUGCUCACCGUCUUCUACUUGACCAGAAGGUGUGGAAUGUGGCCCAACCUUAUAUCGACAAGUAUCAGACAGAGUACAUCCCCGAGUCCCGUCCGGUCUCUCCGACUGCCUUCUCUCUGGAGGCUCCAGCAUCACCGAGGAAGCGCGUUCGUCUCGAGUGA